GUCAGGUAUAUUCUUCAAGAGUUGCAAUUCUAACCCGGAAGAGUUCAGACAUAUACCCAGAGAACAAACAACUAGUUUGCACAAAAACCAAAAUGGCUAACGUGGAAAGAAAGACUGUGGACAAGUCCCCCUUGAAGGGCAUUCCCAUUGUCUGGAUCAUUGGUGGACCCGGAUCUGGCAAGGGAACCCAAUGCGAAUUGAUCCAUAUCAAGUUCGGCUUUAGACAUCUGUCCACUGGUGAUCUUCUCCGACAUGAGGUCUUGUCGGGGUCCACCCGAGGUACCCAAUUGUAUAAGCUCAUGUCCACGGGCGAAUGCGUCCCCUACGAGAUUGUGGACGACAUCUUGGCCGAGGCCAUGGUGGCUAAAGUGGCAAAGCAUUCAACCGACGGCACAUUACAGGGCUUCGUCUUGGACGGGUUCCCAUUGGACCUGGAACAAGCUCAAGCAUUUGAGAAAGACAUUGGAUCUCCCAAAGCCAUCAUUUUCAUCGAGGCCAACGACACGGUCCUGGAGGAGCGUUUGCUGGCCAGGGGCAACUUUGACGACAACAAGACGUCCAUUGAGAAGCGCUUGCAUAACUUUUACACCAAGACCGUCCCUGUUGUGGAGCAUUACGGCGAUCUGGUCAAGAGAAUCAACGCUGAGCGACCCAAGGAAGAGGUGUUUGCGGACGUUCAAAAGGUCAUGGAAUCCCUCUCAGAUCCUGUCUCUCAGUGAGCGACUGAGCAACUGAGCGAAGGCCGCGGACGACAAGGCCACAAGUGCACACGUCCAAAUUGUUUCCAUGUAUUUCUCUAUACCAAUUUAUGAAAACCCAAUGUUGUUUCGUGGAUGGAAGUUACAUUUAAAGGCGCUUUUGGCGAAUAUCGAAUAUCUGAUUGUUGCAAUGACAUUAAUGAUGUGAGCAAAUUAAUAAACAUUGUAGCUGGAA